UUUCCAUUAUAAGAUAUAAAUUAAGCAUAAAAUAUUUAUUUUUUGAUAAAAUCUCAUCUUUGUAGUUUUGUGCAGAAAUUAAUGAAAGAAUUCAUUUGACAAUAUUAAUUUCUGCUCACUAUUUAAUACUAUAUUACUACCCGCAGUAAAUAAAGGAACGCGCCCUAAUCACUUUAUGAUACUACAAAUGCGUUCCAUUUUCCGUGCUACUAAUCAUUCACUGCAGGUUUUGAAACGACUAACACGCUGCUUUCAGUAGCAGUCCUAUCAGUACUGUCAGCAUUUCAGAACGUAACUUAUCAACACGUCGUAAUCAUCCUCAGGCUUCUCUCUGCUAAUAAAAUGGAAUAGUUCAUGCCGUGUUGAAUGGAAAAAGAGAGAACUUUAAGUAUUUACUUGUAUGUCAUUAUCAUUUUAUUCAGAGUAUAAAUAUAUUUAAUAAAUAUAUACUUUGAGCAUAUAUACUGAAUAACAUUGUCACAUUCAAAUCAUUCAGUAUACUGAAUAAUAUUGUCAUAAAGAAGAAUGUCCGAUAAUUUAUUAACUAAGGAAAACAAAUUUCAUAAAGUAAAUCAGGACCUUCAAUUGAAAAUGCAUGAUAUAAUGAUGGAAAUUAACUCCAUGACAUGUAUUAAAGCCAAUAAUAAGUUGCUCAUCGAUACAAAGCAAUUACAUACAAGUUUUACAAUGAAAGAUAUGGAAACAACUUGUCCAGGGGAUAAAACAUCAAAUAUAGACGAACAAUUAAUAAAAUCACUUGAAGUUUCUGAAAUCUUGUCUACAGAAAAUAUUUCUGACACUGAAAUUUCAUCAAAGAAGUAUAAUUUAGGAAAUGAGGCUAUUAUCAAAUUGUUUAAAGGCAAAAUAGAUAUAUUACAUAAAAAGCUACAAACAAUACAGCUUGAACAUAACAAAAAGUGUGAAUAUUCUAAACAAUUAGAAGUAAAAAAUAAAAAGCUUGAUGAGACUCAAGUUAAAUUAUAUAGACAGAUAGAAUUAUUAAGUAAUACAAUUGCAAAGCUGGAAAGUACAAAUUGUGAUAUAUUCUCUAAGUGUCAAGCUUUGAGCAAUGAGAACAUUGUCUUGGAGAAGGAUUUAUACAGUCUUAAGACGGAAAUAAAGACAUUACGUAAACAAAUAUCUAAUUUUGAUAUACGACUAAAUAGAUCUCUAGAAAGUAAUGGGAAACUUAGGAGCAUGUUAAAAUCUAGUCAAUUAGAGGGAAAAGAAUUAAGAGACCAAAUUAAAAAAUUGCUGGAAGAUAAGAAUUUAUCCAUAAAAAAUUUAGAAAAACAACGACUGGAAUUAAUGCAAGCGUUUAAAAAACAAGUACUGCUUGUAGAUAAUUUAAAACGACAAAAUAUAUAUUUAAUGGCAAGUGGGAAAAUUCAUUUGACAAGAGAAGACCUUACAAAAUUAUUAGAGUGGAAACCUCAGAGACUCUCAAGUGUAUAAAAAAUAUUUAUUGAACGACUGUUACUAUUUAGGUUGAUGUAAAAAUAAUUGUGAUUAAUUACAUAAUAAUAAUUACAUUAAUUACGUAAUAAUAAUUACAUAUCGAGUACAAAGGCAUAUACAUCAGUUAAAAAUUAUAUUUAUUAAUUAAGAUAAAAUCGUUGGCCUUACACAUUUCUCUCAACGGCAACCAAGUUUGUUUAUUCCUACAAGAUAGAAUUUUGGAAAAGAUAAUGGUAACUAGAAAAAUCGGCGCCAAACUUAAAAUGAUGAAAACCGUAAUUAUUUUUGCACCAACUUAAUA